AUUUGUCCCCAACUUUUUCUUUGCCAAAACACACAACAUUUCGGAAUAGCUUUGCUUCACUUUCUAAACUUCUUCUGCAAUCCUCUAAUAAGACCUUGGAACCCUACCACACCUCAGAGCCGUACCACACCAAAAAUGUCUGAACCCAAAAACCCUCCGGUGGACUCCGUGACGGAGGACCUACAAGAAGGCAGUCAAAGCAAGAAAGCCGCCAAGAAAGAAGCGGCUAAACUGGAGAAGCAGCGCCGCCGCGAGCAACACGCCUCCUCAGCCUCCUCCGCCUUGGCCGGUGUCUCCUUGGACGCGCCUGACCCUCUCGCCGCCAAUUACGGCGACGUCCCUCUGGAGGACCUCCAGUCGAAGGCGGUCACCGGCCGUAAAUGGACCGAGAUCGGGUCGCUGACGGAGGACUUGAAGGACCAGAGCGUGUUGAUUCGGGGCCGAGCGCAUACUAUCCGGGCCGUGAGUAAGAAGAUCGCCUUCUUGGUGGUGAGAGAGAGAGGGUUCACCGUUCAGUGCGUGUUGACUGCUGCGGCGGACCUCGUCAGCGGCCAAAUGGUGAAGUUUGCGACUAGUCUUAGCAAGGAGUCGUUUGUUGAUGUUGAAGGGAUCGUCUCGGUUCCCGGAGUUCAUAUUAAGAGCGCUUCUCAGCAGGUGGAAGUCCAGGUGAGAAAACUUUAUUGUGUUGGCAAGGCACUGCCGGCGCUACCUAUUAAUAUUGAGGACGCUGGUCGCAGUGAAAUUUUUAUUGAAAAGGCUUUACAGGCUGGAGAACAGGUUGUUCGUGUCAAUCAGGACACUCGUUUAAACUUUAGGGUUCUUGACCUGCGGACACCUGCUAACCAAGGGAUUUUCCGCAUCCAGUGCCAAGUUGAAAAUGUAUUUAGGCAGUUUUUGCUGUCUGAAGGUUUUGUUGGGAUCCAUACACCAAAGCUUAUAGCUGGUUCUAGUGAAGGUGGUUCAGCUGUUUUCAAACUGGACUACAAAGGGCAACCUGCAUGUCUGGCGCAGUCACCUCAGCUUCACAAGCAAAUGGCAAUUUGUGGUGAUUUCGGGCGUGUUUUUGAGAUUGGUCCAGUUUUCAGGGCAGAGGAUUCCUAUACACACAGACAUUUGUGCGAGUUUACAGGUCUUGAUGCUGAAAUGGAGAUUAAGGAGCACUAUUCCGAGGUGAUGGAUAUUGUGGACCGCUUAUUUGUUGCAAUGUUUGACCAUUUGAAUGAGAAAUGCCAGAAAGAGCUUGAGACUAUAGGGAAUCAGUAUCCAUUUGAGCCUUUGAAGUACUUGAGGAAGACUCUACGGCUUACAUUUCAAGAAGGGGUUCAAAUGCUGAAGGAUGCUGGUGUUGAAGUUGAUCCUCUUGGUGACCUGAACACAGAAUCUGAGAGAAAACUGGGCCAGCUUGUUGCGGAGAAGUAUGGCACUGAAUUCUAUAUUCUUCAUCGCUAUCCUUUGGCUGUUCGACCAUUCUAUACUAUGCCUUGCUUUGAUGAUCCAGCCUAUAGUAAUUCAUUUGAUGUCUUUAUUCGAGGGGAGGAGAUCAUUUCCGGAGCUCAGCGUGUCCAUAUACCUGAAUUCUUGGCAACACGUGCAGAGGCUUGUGGAAUUGAGGUGAAAACAAUAUCAACAUAUAUCGAUUCCUUCAGGUAUGGUGCACCCCCACAUGGUGGGUUUGGAGUGGGGUUGGAGCGUGUAGUGAUGUUGUUUUGUGCCCUUAACAACAUCCGCAAAACAUCGCUCUUCCCUCGUGACCCUCUCAGGAUUACCCCUUAGAUCGUGCCAUUUUUCUGGAUGUAGUGUUCUUUGAAAUGUGAGGACAGAUAUAAUAUUCACCGAGAAGAGUAGUAUGUUUACAUUCGACUAUUGAUCACCUUUUCUUCUUAUUCGAUAUCUCUAUAUUUUCCCCCCUGCAUCUAUAUGGUCAGUUUUUCGUUUGCAAUAAUUUGUAAUUCGUUAGGCAUUUUCAAAGGACUCUUGGAUGUUUGAAUUUGUACACUUGUUGCGCUUUAUGUGUGUACAUGGUUCAGUUAACUUA